CUACUGCCCAGUUUUUACUGUUCUUGCUCAACAGGCCCCACAAACUCUUCCAGAUUGCAGCUGCAGAGCUAGGGAGGCAAAAGACUUGCACUGGGCCUGUCCUUGCAGAGAAAGAAACACAAUAAGGUUCGUAUUAUCUGACUAGUCAGAUCCUGCUCUUCCUUUGUCUUCACGCUGCGUAGGCAGGAGUUAGACUGCAGAACCACCCCGAGUAUCACUCUUGGUACCACCUGGAGAAGUAAAUGCCCUGCCUACCCAGACAGCCACCUACUUCACCCAUGCCUGCAUCUGAUCCUGUUGCUAAUUGUUUUCAUGAACUCUGCAGUGCUCUGCCCUACUAUGACUAUGAAUUCACAAUAUCAAAGUAAGGGCUAUGAGGGCAAAGGGUUGAGAGUUUUGCUGUGUGUUUUGAAGAUGGCAAAUUUCUGCUGAGUGAAUGUUCAGAACUGACAGUCUUCUGAUCCAGAUUUUGAAGAGACACUUUUUGAGGAGGCCUCUGAAAUUUUUUUUCAAGCUCAGUGGAAGAGGAAGGAAGCCAAUGGCAGCUACAGCAGAAACCUGGAAUCCACAGUCUAAAAUACAGAACAAAAUAAGCAGAUCAGAUCCAGUUGUUCAUCCAAGUCCUAGAAGCAGCAGUGUGAGAGUCGGAGCAGUGGCAAGACCAGGCGACAGCAACCUUGUGGACACCCAUCCUCAAUCACUGGGUGAAGAGAAUGAAUUUGAAGGUUUUCUGUUAAACCAGUCAAGGCAUCUUGGGCUGAGUGACGAAUUUGGUCCUUUGGAAUCUGCACAUAUUUUCACCUGGAAACACACAAAGAUGGAUGCAGAUGGGGAAAAUAAAAAGCUGCGCACACGCUCAAAAGGAACCAAGGUUCAAGUGGACUCUAUAGCUCAAGAGCUCAGUGCCUACAAAUGCUCCAUGGCUAAGAAGAGAAAAGCCGAAGACCAGAUAUCAGGCGUUCCUGUCAACAAAAGGAAGUCCCUGCUGAUGAAACCCCGCCACUACAGCCCCAGCUUGGAUUGCAAAGAAGAAAAUGAAGACAGGACAGAGUUACAGGAAGAGAUCAGUGUCGUUAAAAGCAGCUCAACUCAAGAAGAGAGUACUCCAAAAUCAUCUGAAGAAACCCCUCAUUUGGGUGGGCAAGAAAAUUCCAGUCAAAGGCAAGACAACUACUCCAGCUAUCAAGAUGCCAUGGCCAAAUCUUUGAUGAACAUGGGAAAAUUAGCAAAAGAUGCACCCAGUCAAACAGUGGCAGAAAAUCUAAACGAUAGUGGCAUUCAAUCCUUAAAAACAGAAAGUGAUGACACUGACGAAUGUUACCUGAUUAACUCAGCUGAAGGAAAGGAAAAGACUGUUAUUUCUGACCCAAAAUACUGUUCAUCUGAGGAAAAUGAAAGUAACUCUGAAAUUAUGGACAAUGAGUGGGAUAGCUCCUCAAAUUUCUCGGAAGAAACUAGUGUAAAGCCCCAUGUAACUCAGAAGUUUUUUGUAGAGUGUAAUCAACCCAGCAUCCUGGAAGUCCCAGAAAUCAAGAAGGAAGAAGUCGAAUAUGGUCCUUGUGAAACACUUUGUGAUUCAGAAACAGAGCUGAAAGCACCCCAGGAGUCUCACCCAGAUCCUUUUGAGAAGAGAAUUCAGAAUCCCUUCCCUGAAAGCGAAGAAGAUGACAACGAGUGCCUGUCAGAAACCACAGAUGUGUCGGUUGAGCUGGACAAAACAAAAGGGAACUUGAGUUUGCUAGAGCAAGCAAUCGCUCUGCAGGCAGAGCAAGGGCAUGUGUUUCACAGCACUUACAAGGAACUGGAUAGGUUUCUUCUGGAGCAUCUAGCAGGGGAAAGGAGGCAAACCAAAGUGAUUGACAUUGGUGGGAGACAGAUAUUUAACAACAAACAUUCACCCAGGCCUGAAAAGAGAGAAACCAAAUGCCCUAUCCCAGGAUGUGAUGGCACAGGGCACGUGACUGGGCUGUACCCUCACCACCGCAGUCUCUCAGGCUGUCCACACAAAGUUAGAGUGCCACUAGAAAUUCUUGCCAUGCAUGAAAAUGUUUUAAAGUGCCCCACCCCAGGAUGUACUGGAAGAGGACAUGUCAACAGCAAUCGCAACACGCAUCGAAGCCUCUCUGGUUGUCCAAUUGCUGCAGCUGAAAAGUUGGCAAUGUCCCAGGAAAAGAACCAUCUCGAGUCUCCAAAAGCUGGGCAGUGCCAUGAUCAGACUCAUAGGACAAAUUUAGCAAAGCAGCCUGAGGUGUCUCAGUACAGUUACAGAACUUCACAGCCGGUCACCUCUUCCAGAGGCACCUUGGCAAAGGAACAGGAGAAGUUUGGGAAAGUACCAUUUGAUUAUGCCAGUUUUGAUGCACAAGUCUUUGGGAAACGCACAACAGCACCUGUGACACAAGGACGAAAAACACCUCAGUUUCUUGAAUCAAAGCAUUUUUCAAAUCCAGUGAAAUUUUCUAAUCGACUGCCUAGUGCUAGCGCCCACACACAGAGCCCUUGCCAUGCCAACUCUUAUAGCUACGGUCAAUGUAGUGAAGACACCCACAUAGCAGCAGCUGCUGCUAUCCUGAACCUUUCCACCCGCUGCAGGGAAGCAGCAGAGAUCCUCUCCAACAAACCACAGAGUCUGUCUGCCAAGGGAGCUGAGAUAGAAGUGGAUGAAAAUGGCACUCUGGAUUUGAGCAUGAAAAAGAAUCGCAGCCAAGACAAAGUUAUGCCUCUCACUUCUUCCAGCACAGCACUUCCCACUCCUUCCUCUUCUCCUUUCAAAGCAAGCAGCAUCCUGGUAAAUGCAGCCUUCUACCAGGCUCUUUGUGAACAGGAAGGCUGGGAUACACCAAUCAACUACAGCAAGACCCAUGGCAGGAAAGAAGAAGAAAAAGAGAAAGAUCCAGUGAACUCUCCAGAAAAUAUGGAGGAAAAGAAGUAUCCAGGAGAUGUCUCCAUACCAAGUCCUAAACCCAAGCUCCAUUCAAGAGAUCUCAAAAAGGAACUCAUAACCUGCCCAACUCCAGGAUGUGAUGGUAGCGGUCAUGUAACAGGAAACUACGCCUCACACCGCAGUGUUUCUGGGUGCCCGUUAGCUGACAAGACAUUAAAAUCCCUUAUGGCUGCUAAUUCUCAGGAGCUCAAGUGCCCAACACCUGGCUGUGAUGGUUCUGGCCACGUAACAGGGAACUAUGCAUCCCACAGAAGCUUAUCUGGUUGUCCUCGUGCCAGGAAAGGAGGUAUCAAAGUGACUCCUACCAAGGAAGAAAAAGAAGAUCCUGAACUUAAAUGUCCAGUGAUAGGCUGUGAUGGCCAAGGUCACAUAUCAGGUAAAUACACUUCUCAUCGCACUGCUUCUGGUUGUCCUUUGGCUGCCAAGAGACAGAAGGAGAGUCCCGUCAAUGGGUCUUCACUAUCCUGGAAACUGAACAAACAAGAGCUGCCACACUGUCCUUUGCCAGGCUGCAACGGGCUGGGUCAUGUUAAUAAUGUUUUUGUCACCCACAGAAGCCUGUCUGGUUGUCCUCUGAAUGCACAAACCAUAAAAAAGGGCAAAAUUUCAGAAGAAUUAAUGACUAUCAAGCUUAAAGCAAGUGGCGGUAUUGAGAGUGAUGAAGAAAUAAGACACUUGGAUGAGGAAAUAAAAGAACUGAAUGAAUCCAACCUUAAAAUUGAAGCUGACAUGAUGAAACUUCAGACUCAGAUUACAUCUAUGGAGAGCAAUUUGAAAACAAUAGAAGAAGAGAACAAACUCAUAGAGCAGAACAACGAGAGCCUGUUGAAGGAGUUAGCUGGCUUAAGCCAAGCCCUUAUCUCCAGUCUCGCUGACAUUCAGCUUCCACAGAUGGGGCCAAUCAGUGAGCAGAAUUUCGAAGCAUAUGUAAAUACACUCACAGACAUGUACAGCAAUCUGGAACGGGACUAUUCCCCCGAAUGCAAAGCUCUGCUGGAAAGUAUCAAACAGGCAGUGAAGGGCAUCCAUGUGUAGGAUGUGAAAGCUGCUGGGCAACAGAAAUUACUUAACAGCAGUAAACUCCAGAUGGAUCUGUUAGGAGUUCAUGUACUGCUAAGGGGUGUAGGUUGCCAUGCUGCAUUUACAAUUGCAACAUUGCACUAAUUUUUUCCCAGCUGACAUAAAAAAAAAAGAAUAAAACCACAACAGACUAUUUGUAUUAACAGCAAUGCACUCUGUUAGUAUAUUGUAUUUAUUUCAGUACAAUUUCUUUUUUUUUCUUCUUUUGCACUCAGUUUUUGUAAAGUGAAUGUAAAAAGUGUGUGCAACUAUUUUUUAUAUUUUUUAUUUAUUUCUAAUCAAAGAGUUGGUUUUUUUAUCUUUUAACAGCAUUUUUGCAGCCUGCCAUAUUUUUACAAAUGUGUUUAUUAAUUUAUUUUCCAACAAGAUUUUAAAUAGACUGAAAGUUAUACUGUAAAUUAAAUAACUUGCUGGGUUUGUACAGGAAGAUAAAAAAAACCUAUGAAAGUAACAAAUGACUGAACCGUGGUUCUAGUUUUAUUUUCCUCACAUCCUGCUUUUUUAUAAUGGCUUUGUAUCAGAAAUGGGUUUGCAGUAACAUGAGAUGUGAAGAUGCACGGAAUGAGAAGACAAAUGGUGCCCACUAGUGGGGAACUUGGGCUCUUAAAAGCACAGUAUGCUGGAAAACAGUGUGUUAAAGAAUACGUUAGCAAUAAUGAAAUAUAGCAAUCAGCAAAGCACUUGACUUGGCUGUGUGAUUUAGCCUAUGAGAAUGAUUAUUUAAAAUGUUUCAAGAGAACUUCAGAUUUAUUUUGCCACUGCAGUUUUUGUUCAGAGUUAGCUCAUGAAGGGAAAUGACAAUUAUCUCUAAACAAGAAGGGUAAUUAGGCAGGUACUGGUACUUUUUUAGUAUGAGACGUUGAGGUUUUACCCAAGUGACCAGUAUUGCUAUGGAAUUGGAUUUGGAUUUGAAAAACGCAAGCACAUCCCAAGCUAAAGGCUUUUUGCAUAACGAGUCGAACACAUCUCCCCUGAAAUGGCAUUUAAUACUGGUUUGAACUUAACGGCAGCUGAGAAGGCAGUGGUCUGGAGGGGAAUAGUACUCCUCUGGCCUGACGGUGGUUGCUUGUCUCUUGGAAUGACUGGUAGCAACGCCGUGACUGGUUUCUCCUAUCUUUCUUCACUAAGACUAGGCUGAUACUGAGUUUGUUACCAGUCUCUUGGUAGGAUACCAAGUGCUACAGAGUGUAAAGACAGGUGGAGGUGUGGACAGACGAGCACUUGCACAGAGGUGCCAGCGUGCUCCUCGGUAUCUGGUUAGCCUGGGUAUGGAAUUUCUGAGUCCGUCAGAAACUAGCGGUUGCUAUAACAGAGGCAAUGUCUAUUUCAGGGAUUGUAAGUAAUUAAGCAUUGUUUCAAAAGUUUUUUUUAUAUUUAUUUUUUUUAAGAAAAAGGUAUAAACAACCAGCUAAACUGCCUUUUUUGUAUGCACACACACCUCAUGUGCAUAUGUGCCUCAGUGUAAAUGUAUACAUGGAUCUAGCGUGUGUUUAAUUUUUCCGUGCUAUAAUGAAAGUGUUUAUUUUUAUUAGCCGCAUUUAUAUUUAGAUUGAAUAUGAUGGCAUUCACAGGCUUGACAUAUACAAUUAUAUUAUUACUGUUUCUGCACAAAAGUACUAUUCAGAAGUGAUUCAACUCUCAUGCACUGUGGUCACUGUUCUGCAUUAGGUGGGGCUUGCUUUUUGUUGGGAGGUUGAUUCAACUCUCCGAUCUUAGUUUAGACAGGGGAAAAUGUAUGUUCUUAGGAGCUGUGUUUAUUUUUAAAUUGAUUUUUCAAAAGCUACCAUACAUGCUGUCUAAUAUAAAUAGGAGAACACCAAACAAAAAUUUGCUAUUAAAGUUAUUGUUCUUGCUAAAAACACAAAAAGCAAACAUUUGUUAUACUUGUUAAAUGCAUACAAAAUGAGUUCACUCAUUACAAAGACUAAAAUUUAAUUUACUAAAUAUUUUAACAAAUUUGUUAUAUAUUUUAUUUAAGUAAAAAAAAAUCUCUUACUGACCUAUGUAUUUAUUAUUAUGAUUUACUAUGGCUUCAGGUUAAUUUAUCUGUGUUUGGUUGUUUGCUCAGGAUGUUCUGUGAAGUAUGUUUGUAUUUAUUUGCCUCCCUUGUACUUGAUGUGUUUUGUAAUGUGCACUGUUUUUUUUUUCUUUCAGUUUUCCUUUUAUUUGUGUUUAAAUGCAUUGAUGAGCUAUACUGUAAAUUAGACCUUUUGUAAAGAGCAAUGAUGUAUGCAUUUUUUUAAUUUGGAGUAGUUUGUAUACUGUUUCUUCAUACAAUUAAUAUUUCUUACAUCAAAACAACAAAAUUGUGUUCUGUGCUGUACAUUUGGUGUAUGGUAGAAAAUAAAAUUGAUAAUGAAAUAUU